CUUGCAUAUCUCGCACACCGAGAAGGAAAACUCAGUGAUGGUCCAGCUCACGUGUUGAAUAGCAUGUUAAGAAAAUGAUCCAGGAUUAAACUCUAUAAAUGUUGCAUAUCUCCCAACACGUCAGCAAACGAACCUCUUCAUUGUUGGAGCAGCGCCCAACUUUCUGAUCGGCAAGGAAGGUGAAAGAAUGCGCCAUUGUCGUAAUCGAUAACCUGAACAAACUUUCUUUCUCGAUGUCAAUGAAAAGUUGUGCUGUUCAUCGCAGAGUGAAUAAGAUAUUUAUACUUGUUGCUUAACUGUUACUUUAGAAUGCAAAGAGUUGGACUGAAAGCUUCAGAGUGGAAAGACUGGGUUAAUCACGUUAAAGAUCAGAGUAAAGUACAUAUUAAUGGAAGAUAGAGACGUUACAGUGAGCUGAAAUUACGGCUGCUAAACUAAGAAGGCAGAAGACGAGAAGAUGAGGAAACCUAAUUUGUAUGGGCUUAAGAUUUAUGCAUAAAGCCCAAACGAAAUUAACAUGCAACAAAAUUAAAAAACAAUGGAAAAGCCCGACACGUAAAUAACAGCGCAAACCGGAGUAUCUGAUUUAGAUGCCACGUGGCGUCAGAAGCCCCUAUCUUCCUGCUGAUGUGGAGGGCUAAGGUGAGAGAAAACUCCCCUUUAUUAUUAUAGAUAGAUAGAUAGAUAGAUUGAUUGUCAUUUACACGUAUUAAUUUUUUCUUGGAGAAAGAGCAUCUAACAAAAACCCUCUUAACUUUAUCAACCAUUCAACCCUGACCAUUGACGUGAUGGCCGUGCAACUGCAACGUCUCCCUGCAUUAUCCCCCUGAUAUUACCAAACAACCCUUCUCCACUUUCCAUUUUAGUAUCAGAACACAAAACCCCAAAAGGGUAUAAUCGUCACACGCAAAAACUCUUUUCGCGCUUCGUCUUAUCAUUUUUUUUUGUCUAGGAGGAAAAAUUGCAGCUUUCCUUCCUACGGUUACAGAGGCUAGUACCUUCCUCUUCCUCUUCCCCUUCCUCUUUAACUCUCUCCCUUAGAACCCUAACAAACCUUACAUCCAUUUUCACUGUAGAUCUUCCUUCAUCCCAUGCAUUUCGACUGAAAUUCGCAGGAACUUUUACGUCUCUGAAGAUCCUAAUCGCUCUUCUCUUCUCUAAUCUCGUUUCAGAUCGUUUAGGUGAAAGGCAAUGGGUGCAGGGAGGAAGACGGAGACGUAUACGCUGGCUCCAGAUAGCCUUAACUCAUAUGUGAAUUGGUGCGUGAGGAAUCUUGAGAAGAAAGAUCUCUGUGGAGUUAUAUUUGGAUGCAAGUUCAGCACUAUCAAAGAGUGUUACGCUAAGAAGUUGUUUGGUUUGCCAGCUCCUCACAUGGCGUAUAUCAAGAACAUUGAUCCUGGUUUGACGCUGUUUCUGUUUAACUACAGUGAUAGAACACUUCAUGGUAUCUUUGAAGCUGCUAGUGAAGGACAGUUGAACAUUGAUCCCAAAGCUUGGUCUCCUAAUGGGACUGAUCCAAGUCCUUACCCUGCUCAGGUAAAGAUAAGAGUCAGAGUGAAGUGUGAGCCUUUGGCUGAAGAAAAGUUUAGUCCAGUGAUUGCUGGCAAUUACCAGGAUGAGAAGAUGUUUUGGUUUGAGCUUGACCGAGAUCAGACAAACAAGCUGCUCCGUAUGUUUUCACCGUCGCCGUAUGUAAGGGCACCGUUAACAUCCAAAUAUGCUGUUGCAUCACUAUCCAGGAAGGCUAUUCCGGCGUCUUCUCUUGUGGAGAUAGGCGAGGUAGGAGCAACACGGGUUGAUAAGUGGAGCAGUCUUUUCAAGUCUUCAGACGAUUCAGGUGAGAACAAAGGAGAAGACUCAAGUGGAGCACGCGGGGCAGGGUCAAGAGCAGUAGUCAACCUUGGAAAAGCUGAGAAAGCAGUGGUGCAAUCUGGUGUUUCUUACUCAUCAGUUCUGAGAAACGUGACCGAGUCUUCGACUUCAACAAAUGAAGUUCCAUCACAAGCAAGUAAAGGAUGGUCAUCUUCUUCUCGACCUUUCUCCUCACGCCAAGACAGUACCAAGGGAACUAUUAACAUGAUAGGACAUAGCAAGGACGUUUCUGCUGAGGACACACAUUCGGAGAUCGAUUGGGAUGCUGCAUCGAAUUUCCAAGCACAUCUUGAAGGACUGGAGAGGAUUUUAGAAGAACCUACAGGAUUUGCAUCGUCGUCUUCUAUGGUGCCCAAUCAUUGGGAAGAUGGGAUACCGCUCUCGGACUAUGAGGAAGGGAACAUAGAUAAAUCUCCUUGUGGGUCCUCUUAUGUUUCCGCCAUGACAGGAGACGCUGUUGAUGACAACGGAUAUGACAAAGAGAAGCUUCGUAUGGAUCUUUCCAAGAUGGAAUUGGGAUCCCCACCCACUUACGUGGAUAUCUUGAGUGAGAUAUGGGCGGAAGUAAAGGAGUUAAAGCAAACUCAGAUGAAGCAAGCUGAGUAUAUGAUUACUUUGCAGAUGGAGCUGCUUGAAUCAAGAAAAGAGAUACUUCAACUGAAAAGGACAUAGGGAAGUUCCUAAGCAUAUGGUAACACGACGAGACUCAGGGGUCAGGGAGUUUGCAGUUCCCUCUGCAUACUUUGCCUUUUGUUCUGACAAAACUGAAGAAACAAAAAGUUAGAAUCUUUUGGGUACAAAAUAAUGUUUUAGCUUGUUGAGAAAAAAACUUGUAGGUGACUUAUCUGUGGUUGUGAAUUGGGUAUGCUUUCAGUUUGAACUGUUAACUUUCAAGUAAGUAUUUGCUAUCAGGGAGCAGAAUAUUUAGGGGGUCAGAUCAGAGCUUCUUAAAUGGUCGUUGUAAUGGUGGCUUAACUUAAGCCGGAUUAACAACUAGGCCGGUUACAGAUUAACUAGGUCAAUAUGGAUAGGUCCUUAAUAUUCUUUUCAAUGGGCCGUUAAUAGCUGAAGGCCUGAAGCCCAGCUAGUAUGCCAAUUGCUUAGCUGUAUCGGGAGCGUGUUUUUUUUGUGGUGAGUAUUAAGACACGUGUCAACCAUGUAGAACAUCUACGGUUCGGUAUUCGAAUUAGACAGUGACACGUCACCACUCUCUCAUGAAAUAUCAGAAUUAUCUAGAGAAACCUCUAUAAAUACUCCUCGACCCCUUGGACUCCAGAGCUAUUUUACUUUGUGGAAAAGUU